AUGGACGGCAGAUUCACAAGCGAGCGACAGCUGGGCCAGCAGGCGCUGCAGAGCUCUUCGCAUGCGUACGAUAAGCAGUUGCUGUCAAAGAUAGGCGGACCCAACACGCCGACAAGAGCGAAUGCGCCGCCCCUCUCCAGCAGUGCUCAAGACUCAUCAGACGCUCAUCCCCCACUUCACAAGCUCAACAGUCUGAAGCCUCUCUCUGUUCCUGACCGUCUGCAUCCGGCUCUAGACUCCCCUGCAUCCAAGUGGCCGCCGUCAGGAGCCAUCUCUCCGGGAUACCCUGGCUUCCGCAGUCCCAUCUUUGAUUCGAGCUCCAAUGAUUCGCAUAGAGGAAGAUUUGGCAGCAUUUCCACCCCUGGACCCUUUGACGAGACAUCGUCCCAGCAUCGGGGCAGCUACGACCACAGCAUCUUCUCCGAACAGGAAUUUGGCAUGGAAGAAAAUGGCAUGCGUGAACUGAACAUCAGCGACCGCAGCCCCGCCGAGUCUGACGAGUACCAUUUAGGCCCGAAGGGCGGCCUUAAACGACGCGCCUCCUCACCACCUUUGGAAGCCGCACGCGAAGACCGGCCCACGACCAGCGGCCCUUCGGACUUGUACCACCGCCGCUCGGCACAAAUGCUUGUCAACCGCAAUUGCGCUGCUUCGCGCUUUCAGGCAAGUCAAGGCUCCAUAUCGUCGGCCUCAUCGCUGGGCCAACGCACUGGCUCGAUUGGAUCCUCCUUUGGGUUCUCGACGGCUGCUAGCAGCAUGACAAGUUAUGGUGGGGACCAACGUCUGUCGCCCAACGCCUUGUCGCCUCGAGGAGAGACGGACUCGGGCCCCGUGUCGCCAUAUGCAGCUAGUCGAUCGCUUAACCCAAGCCCUCGCAGCUCCUUAUCACGACCACAGCACCAACGAGGCCCUUCGGAAAGCGAUCAGCCGCAGAAUCGGAAAAUGUCCACAGAUGGCGUGCUGCACCCUCGACACAAUUCAGUGGCUAGCCGCAUCCCCGGGGCCUACAUAUGCGAGUGCUGUCCCAAGAAGCCCAAAAAGUUUGAUAGCGAGGAAGAACUGCGGUAA